AUGGUUCGGUACGCUGCGACUGAAAUUGCCCCGACGAAGUCGGCUCGCGCCCGCGGGUCGUACCUCCGCGUCUCGUUCAAGAACACCCGCGAGACCGCCCAGGCCAUCAACGGCUGGAAGCUGCAGCGCGCUCUGACGUUCCUCCAGAACGUCAUUGACAAGAAGGAGGCCGUCCCCAUGCGCCGCUAUGCUGGUUCUACCGGCCGGACCGCUCAAGGCAAGCAGUGGGGUGUCUCCCGCGCUCGCUGGCCCGUGAAGUCGGCUCAGUUCCUUAUCGGCCUUCUCAAGAAUGCUGAGGCCAAUGCUGAUGCCAAGGGCCUCGAUACCGGCAACCUCAUCAUCAAGCAUAUCCAGGUUAAUCAGGCUCCCAAGCAGCGCCGCCGGACAUACCGUGCCCACGGUCGCAUCAACCCCUACAUGUCCAACCCUUGCCACAUUGAGCUCAUCCUCACUGAGGCCGAGGAGACUGUCCAGAAGUCCGAGGCUGUUGUCCGUGACGUCGAGUCUCACCUCUCUUCCAGGCAGCGCGGUGUCCGCAUUCGCCGGGCUCUGACUGCUGCUUGA